UAAUGUUACAUUACAGUGUCCUCAUCACAUCAGUAGUGUUAUUGUCUACAUGAUGUGUUAAUAAAGGGAAAGUUCAUAUUCAUCGUCUCCAGCACCACCCCAACAUCAACAUAUGUGAAAAUGGUGCGUUUCUAUGUUCUGUAGUAAAAAAAUAUAGAGGAAUAUAUGUGUUUCCAAUGACAUCAUCAUUGUGCAUCGUGUGAUUUUGACCAGUUGUGAGGAGGCAUUGCCUACUAAUUACCUAUUAAUGGUUGACUAAUUAUGUCAUUGGAAGCACGUGUCUUCCUCUAUAUUCACUAAAGUAGUUUUUAUUUUAUUUUUCUCCCUUUUAAUGAAAUGUAUUGUUCCCAGGUAAAUGAAGUACACAUUUCAGUCAGAUGAGUGCAUGGUCAUCACUAUACCUCUGGGCAGUCUCAGAAAUGCUCCGGAGGGCCAGCUGAUGCCUGAGAACUUCCACUGUGUCUUCAAAGAUGUCUAUAAGGUCUUCCUCAAGGGUCAGCCUAAAGCUCUGGGGGCGGCUCAGCUCAUUGCUGGAGUCCUUGUCUUGAUUCUGGGGCUACUGUUUGUCCAGCACAGCCCAUUAGUUCUGAUCUACACCAUGCCCAGUGUCCUGUUUGUUGCUGCCGGAAUGCUGACCUAUGCUGCAGGUCAUUCUCCAAGUAUGUGUGUGACCAAACUGUCAUUUUCCUUGAACAUUGUCAGCUGUUUCUGGACAGUAGCUGCUGUUGUUCUCUGCACUCUCCAUGCCUCUCAUGGUUUCUACGGGGACCAUCAAGAGGUAUUUUCUGGUAUCAAAUGGAUAAUUGUGGUUCCCCUGGUCAUUGAACUGGUUGUUGCCAUGGUGGCGAUCUACUGGGAGAGUAAAGCAGUGUGCAGACAGCACUUCAACAUUCUGCCCAUGGUCACCCUGAAGCAAGAGGUAUGAACCUGAAGGACUGGCAGCAAACAACAAAUAACUAAGUGAAAUAAUGAAUCAUCUUGUAUGCCAUUUGUUUUACUUGUGCCAAUUCACAAGUCACAAUUUACGGACCUCCCGGUCGCGGCCGGUUUACAACAGAGCCUGGGCGCGAACCCAGGCUCUCUGGUGGCACAGCUGGCGCUGCAGUACAGCGCCCUUAACCACUGCGCCACCCGGGAAAAUAGUGAUAUUUUGACACUGUCUCAAAAGUGCAAAUAAGGAAAUGAAAUACAGAAUAUAAUUUAGAAAUACGGGGUUCUUCUACUGAGAAAUAGUAAUAACGUUGCAUACAUUUUUUUGUAGCAGUUUGUCAAAGAGAAAGCUAAUUAUCAUGACAGAUGUUUUACUUACAAUUGCAUUAUGCAAUAUGACAUUUGAAAAUGUUGGUUAUAUUUUAAUCUGACUUGUAUCUGAUUUAAAUGAAUUUAAACAU